UUAUUCCAUUUCCGUACACAAGUCUUCUCAACUGAUGACGUGUACAUUGCACAAAAAUCCACUUGUUUUCAGUUUCACAAUAAAACCGGCUAAAGGUAUUCCUCUAUAGACCGAGGGUAUUUUUUGUGGAUUGUGUCUUGAAACAUAAAAGGAAAAUGGAGACAUUGUACCAUCAAACAAAUAAGCAAAUCCAGGAGGUGCAGUCGCUCAUGGGACGCCUGGAGAACACAGAUCGUCAGUCUGUCCACUUGUUGGAGAACGAUCUGCAGGUCAGAAUCGACCAGAUCUUCAGCCAUUUGGAACGUCUGGAAAUCCUGGCUAGCAAAGACCCGCCAAACCGCCGUCAGAACGCCAAACUGCGGGUAGACCAGCUGAAGUAUGAUGUUCAGCACCUCCAGACGGCGCUGAGGAACUUUCAGCACCGUCGCUACUCACGAGAGACCCAGGACCGAGAGAGGGAGGAGCUCAUGAGUCGUACCUUCACCACCAACGAUGCAGACACCUCCAUCCCCAUAGACGAGACGUUGCAGUUGAACUCCAACCUGAACAACGCACACAGAGGCAUGGACGACCUCCUGGGCAGCGGCAGCAGCAUCCUCACCGGACUCAGGGACCAGAGGGGCACGCUCAAGGGGACCCACAAGAAGAUGCUGGAUGUGGCCAACAUGCUGGGUCUGUCCAACACGGUGAUGAGGCUGAUCGAGAAGAGGGCCACCCAGGAUAAGUUCGUCAUGAUUGGAGGGAUGCUGCUCACCUGUGUGGUCAUGUUCCUGGUGGUCAAGUACCUGGGCUGACCAUGACCGCAUCUGCAGCCACAGUUUUGCGUUGGCCUUGGACAUGUUUGCACAAUAAGCCCAUAAGAUACGUGAACGGUGAUAAUAGGCUUGUCUUCAAAUCGGAGAGUUCCUUGACAGUAUUGUUUCCAAUCGGAAGGCAAGGAAUUAUCCGUCUUUUAAUUUCCAUGGGUUUUACCACCCACGUCUAUUUCAACCACUCUUUGUUUGCACCAGUAAAAUGGGUGUUAAGCAAGACCUAUACACUGAGUGUACAAAACAUUAAGGAUGCCUUCCUAAUGUUGAGUUGUACCUUUUGCCCUCAGAACAGCCUCAAUUCAUCUGGGCAUGGACUCUACAAGGUAUUGAAAGCGUUCCACAGGGAUGCUGGCCCAUGUUGAUUCCAAUGCUUCCCACAGUUGUCAAGCUGGCUAGAUGUCCUUUGGGCGGUGGACCAUUAGUGAUACACACGGGAAACUGUUGUGUGAAAAACCCAGCAGCGUUGCAGUUCUUGACACAAACCAGUGCGCCUACCAUACCCUGGUCAAAGGCACUUUGUCUUGCCCAUUCACCCUAUGAAUGGCACACAUACACAAUCCAUGUCUCAAGGCUUACAUUUUUUUCUUUUAAACCCAUAUCCUCCAUGUAUAGUGAUUUAAGUGAAUUUAGCAAGUGACAUCAAUAAGGGAUCAUAGCCGUCACCUGGUCAGUCUGUUAUGGAAAGAGCAGGUGUCCUUAAUGUUUUGCACUCAGUGUCUAUACUUUAAUUUUACUUCAAACUGAACGUGGAACCUUGCAACCAUAAUUCCAGCUCACUGACACCUGCCACUCAUCUCGGCGGUCAUCCACCUGACAGCCUCUGUGUGAAGCUGUAGGUGGGUGAGAAGGACAUUUCAUAUGACUGGUUACCUUUUUUUCCAAACCAAAUCUCCUUCAAGUUCCACUUGCUUGCCUUAGUCUCCCCUAUAAUGUGUUCUCCAUUGCCUUGUGGAUGACAUUCAUUGUGGUUUCAUCUUCUUGAAGCAUAAUUUUACUGUUUGCUGCCAUUGUUCCCAAAUGAGGAUGAUUCUUAAAAUGGACAGAAAAAUAGUUAUCUGGAAAUGUUGCACCUUACCUCAUCACACAUCCUAAUGACACUGCCUGGAGAAUACUUAUGUCAGAUUAACCAAUACAUGUAUGUAGCCCAGGGAGGAACAGGGACCUGUGACCAAGAUACAGACCGAUAGUGAAAACAAAACAAAGUGUAUUGUUAUCACACUUUCAAAAUGUAAAUGAUCUGGACAUGUUCUUGGCCCUAGUCUCACUAUGUUAGUGCAACCAAGGUUCAAAUUGGAAUUAUCUGGAGAUAAAAAAAAGUUAACAUUUUAAAAACAACUUGUCUUAAUCUGUCUCUGAAGUGUCCAUGUAAUCUAGCAAUUGAAUUAGGUAUGGGUCAAAUCUAACAAUGGAUAUAAAGCAUAGUUUAAAUAAAUCUCUCACUGAAAAUGUCAUACAAUAUGGAGUUUACAUUUACAACAGUAAAACUAUUGUUUGAAACAGAA